GCGACGGCGGCGGCGGAUGCCGGCCCGGAGGGCCUCGGCGGCCGGCGCGCGAACCGCGUCAUGGUCACGCGCGACGGCCGGCACCUCAGCUUCGCCGAGGCCGGCGACCCAGCGGGGUUCCCAGUGCUAUGCUUCUUCGGCGUCGGCUCGAGCCGCUACCUCGUGCUCCUCUUCGACGACGUGGCGCGGCGGCUGGGCCUGCGCGUCAUCGCGUGCGACCGGCCGGGCUUCGGCCGCUCGAGCCCGGCGGCCGGCGGCGGCUUCGCAGCGUUCGCGCGGGACGUCGAGGCGCUCUGCGCCACGCUCCGGCUGCGCCGCGUGGCCCUCUGGGGGCACUCGGUGGGCUGCGCCUACGUGGCCGCGUGCGCGCUCCACGAGCCGCUGCGGCGGCGGCGCCUCGCGGCGCGGCUGGCGCUCGUGUCGCCCUGGGUGCCGCUGGACAGCCCGGGCGUGCCGCUGCACUUCCGCGCGGCGCGGUUCUUCCCGCGCUCGCUCGCGGCGCUCGCGGCGCCCGGCGCCGUCGACGAGCAGCGGCGGCGGCUGCGCCGCGGCGGCGGCGCCGCCGACGAGGCGCUCUCGGCGCCGGCCGCCGCGCUCGCCGCGCUCGGCCUAGCGGGCGCCGCCCGGGGCGAGCUCCACCUCUGCGGCGCGCCGGCGGAGGGCGACGAGGACGAGGCGGACGCGGCGGCCUCGCGCGAGGAGCUCAGCGCCCGGGAGCUCCGCGCGCUCGAGGACAUGCCGCUCGCACGGCGCGCGCGCCGCGGCGCGCGACUCACGCUCGUCGCGCCUCGCACUCUCAUCCUUCCUCCUUCGCGCGCAGGUGCUCCUGGCGAGCGUCAUCGAGGCGCAGCGCCAGGGCCCCCGCGGGUUCCGCGACGAGUUCGCGCUGUGCUGCGGCGCCUUCGGCUUCGCCUACGCGGACGUCCGGUGGCCGGCGCGGCUGUACCACGGGUCGGCGGACAGCCUCGUGGCGGGCGAGAGCGCGCGGUGGCUCCGCAGCGAGCUCCGGCGCGGCCUCGGCGACGCGGCCGCCGUCGAGCUCGUCGAGGAGCGGGGCGGGACGCACAACGGCAUGGUCUUCGCGAGCCUGCGGCGGUCGCUCCAGGCGAUCGCCCGCGACGUCGCCGCCGCCGCGGGCAGACCUGCCCC